AUGACAUCACUCAGUAGAGAUAAGCUUGAGCGCGGCUCCGCAAUCCGUAAUUCAAUGCCAUCUUAUCAUCACGUGUGCUCCAAGAGAGCGACCCUCAAUCAACACCCUUCGACCUGGGCCGAAGAUGGAAGUCCGACUGUCUGCUUUCAUACUCCGAUCUUCUUCCUCGGCUCUCGGACUGUCAACAACCAUGCGCCAACAAAGAUGAAUCCCAAAUUGGAGAGCUUCCUCAACUCGAGCUCGUUCUUCUUCUUCAGUCUAAUUUGUUUAGGCCUCAUCUGCCUCACGCCAGCCGAUGCGAUCUACCAAUGUUGGGUCACCCGGCGACUCACAAACAUCUUCUUCAUCGCCGGCGCAUACGUACUCACCUUUGUCCUGGCCUUUCUCAUCUAUGCUACACGACUCUAUACCAACCGGACAGCCUUGGCGGGAAUCCCCAAAGUGUGGAUCCCCGUUGAAGAGGAGGAUGUCACCAAAAGCGUGAGACGCCUGGUCGUGGAGGGACUGGCGCGUAGCGCAAUUAUUGCCUAUCAAGCUUGCCCGCGCGACACAACUGGAGAAGAGGAUAGCUUUUUAAACUACAAGGAUCUCGCGAUUGACCCCAAACACCCUCCCUGGGGUUCGGUCGAGCAUCCUGGCUGGUCAUCUCCCGAAUCACCCGAUCUACCUAAUCUUCCUUAUCGCACCGUGAUCACGGAACUCCCGAAUCUCAUUGAGGCUAAAGCCGUGUCCACCGCACCGGCCGAAAACACCCUACCGGACGGAAUGGACCCCUUUCCAGAUACACGUGUUGUGGAAGUUCUUCAAAGACCCGCUUCAAUGGGUCUCCGGCAAUAUGUCGGACACCUUGCGAACCUCGGAGUCAUCAAUUCCCCCGGUCUCGAGGCUGAUUUCCUGGCGCUUUACGAGCGAGCGCGAUUCUCAUCACGUCCGCUCCACGCAUCUGAAUUCCGUGAAUUAAUGCACCUGUUCGCCGAAAUUCUCCGAGAAAUCACACCUUUGGCUCCACCGAUCCUGGAGGGGAUUCGUGACAGUGCAAGCUAUCAUCAAACUGACACCGAGUCGAUAAUCGGGCCCUCGGACGAGGAAGGUGAAACAGAUACCGUGGAUCAUUACGUCUAUGAGCGCGCAUUCACCCCAAAACGCAGUAACAGUCUGCGCCCAUCGAAUUCCUCUGCAUGGGAGGCUUCGUCCGUUCAUGGCACAGCCCCUAUCGCACAGAGCCCCGUAUCCCGCUUCUCUGCUCGGAGUGGUUCAUAUGGUGGGCUGCAUCCGACAGGGACUCGCUCGACCGAGUCACUCCGUCGCGUUCGGUCCGGACAAUCUGGUAGUUCUGUGGGGAGUGUGAUUCGCCUGGCGCGGACCACAAAUCCUGCUGAUUUACCCUAUACAAUCCACUACGCCGGGCGUGGGAACUAA